UGAACGAAGCAUUCGUAUAUUUUGAGGCAGAUUAUUCCAUAAUAAGGCUCCACUAUAACAAAGGCUUCGUUUUAAAUAGUUAGUUCGUGGCUUGGGCAAAUUAGCUUUAUUUCAGAGUUUCUUAAGUUGUACCCACUGCCGUGAACAGAGAAAAGAUUUUGUAGGUAAGAUGGUGCAUCACCAUUGAGUAUUUUAAACAUAAUUCCAGCCUUAAUCUUUUUGCGUCGUAAACAAAGAUUGUCUAAGUGCAAAUUAUUCAAAAGAGAACUAGCGCUUAUUUAAUAUACAAUAUAUUUUUUAGCAAUGACUGGCGUUAAGUUGGCAAAAGCUUUCGGUUUCCUGCUCAUGGUCGUGAUUGUAUGUUCCAAGCAAAUUCCUGAAGAGCAACAUUCAACCUAUCCGGCCACAGAUGAAGCUCAUUUUACCACUAGUGCACACGAAAACCACGACGAAGACCUGAAAGUUAAUGUAGGAAAGAGGAUGCUUGAUCGUGAAGUGUACGAAGUUGGCACCAAAGUUGUAGAUGGUGUUGAGUGGCAAGUGUGGUUUCACAUGAAUCCCAAAGCAAACAUCGCCCGCCUUGCAAAUCUCAAAAACAAAAAAAAAAGAGGAAAAAAAAAAGACCUAGCUGAGUUCAUAGAUAGUCUUAAUGUAAAGAAGGUUUUUUCUGGCAUUUGCGAUAAGAAGACACUGGUCACCUCGCGUAAAAAACAUUUCCGCCUUGACAUGCAAAAGGUAGUGAAAUGUAUCCAACUAGAAAAUAAUCCAUCUUGUUACAAUCUGCAAGUGCAAUUGAAUGGGAAACGUAAAAAAGGCAAAAGUACUACAUACGCUAAUGUAUUAAUUCCAGUGCUUAUAGGUAAAGAUCAUGUCUCUAAGUACCUGACCGAUGAAGUUCUUCGUGAGGCCUUUUACAAAAGUUCCAAACUCCCCACCGCUGCGGUGACGCUUGAAAUUAAGAAAUUAGUCCAGGAAAAGAAAAAAAGCAGGAAGGGAAAAAGAAAACCGGGAAAGAAAAAUAACCAGGGAUAGAACCGAAAAUAUUGUGCUACAUAUCAUAACAUUGUUGUAAACAACGCGCAUGAUAACUUCGGGAACAAC